AUGAAUUCAAAUGGCAAACCUGCAGGAACAGCGACCGAAAUAAUGGUGGAAACGAGCGAGAAAAUAUAACCCGAGCCCGGUUUUCGACGCAAUUUUACAACAUGAAUGCCUUUUCGAAGUUGGAUUUGGCGACCAUGGAGGGCUAGAGGGCAUUUUUUUUUUUAAAUAAAUGUGCAUUUCUUAAUCCUAAACCGUUUUAAACCAAGGGGGAGGGGGAGAGUGCUCAUUUGAUCUCCCCGUUUGCUUUUUUUGUUUUAACGAACCUUUGGGAUUUUUUUUAAAGACACGAAUACAACUAUAUCAUUUUACUCUAAAUUAUAGUAUUUUAUGGAAACAAUGAGGGGUUCGGGGUACCAUUAAUUUUUCCUCUCUCUGAGUGUUUGGGGAUUUUUUCCGAUAUUUUCUGGCGGCGGACGCAAGAGAAGAGGCUGCGAAUUACAUUCCUUCUAGCGAUUGUUUCACGCCAGUCUUCGCCGAGCUCCACUUUUCUGCUCCGUAUUUUUUCUCUUUUAUUGGGAGCUGGAUGAUGGCGUGUUCGUACUUGGAGUGAAAGGAUGAGUUCUUGUUUUGUUCCGAACGGGGCCAGCCUGGAGGAUUGCCAUUCUAAUCUCUUCGAUCUGGCCGACUUAACUGGGAUUAAAUGGAGACGGUUCGUAUGGCAAGGUCCCACGUCUGCUCCAAUCCUUUUUCCAGUAACAGAUGAGGAUCCUAUUCUGUGCAGCUUUAGCCGCUGCCUGAAGGCAGAUGUGUUGAGUGUAUGGCGGCGACAUCAGACUCCUGGUCGUCGUGAGCUAUGGUUGUUUUGGUGGGGAGAGGAACCCAACUUUUCUGAGCUCAUCCAUCCGGAAUUAGCAGGUGAAGAAGAUGGCAUGUGGGAAACUGGCUUGUCCUAUGAAUGUCGCACACUUCUCUUCAAGGCUAUUCACAAUUUGUUGGAGCGCUGCCUUAUGAACCGUAGUUUUGUGCGAAUUGGAAAAUGGUUUGUAAAGCCAUAUGAGAAAGAUGAGAAACCCAUUAACAAAAGUGAGCACUUAUCAUGUGCUUUUACCUUCUUCUUGCAUGGUGAGAGCCAUGUAUGUACCUGUGUGGAGAUCAACCAGCACCAACCAGUUUACCAUGUGACAGAGGAGCACCUCACACUAGCCCAGCAAUCCAACAACCCUUUUCAAGUGAUUCUCAGUCCCUUUGGAUUAAAUGGUACACUGACUGGACAGUCCUUCAAGCUGUCCGAUUCACCAACACAAAAACUAAUUGAAGAGUGGAAGCAAUUUUACCCUAUUUUGUUAAGCACCAAGGAUUGUUCUGAGGAUAAACUGGAUGAAAUGGAUUGGGAAGACGACUCUUUGGCUGCUGUAGAAGUUCUUGUUGGUGGAGUGAGAAUGGUGUACCCAGCGAGCCUUGUGCUGGUCUCUCAGUCUGAUAUUCCCACUAUAACCCCCAUGGGGUCUUCUCAUUUCACAUCUGCAUACCCUAGUGGCAACCAAGUGCCUGCAUCUGCCAGAGAUCCUGCCAUGUCGUCUGUGACACUAACUCCUCCUACAUCACCUGAAGAAGCUCAUCCAGUGGAUACUCAGUCUGCCCAGAAGUGGGUAAAAUUUUCAUCGGUAGCUGAUGGCUUCAAUUCUGACAGCACCAGUCACCAUGGUGGGAAGAUUCCUAGAAAGCUUGCAAGUCAGGUGGUGGACAGGGUGUGGCAAGAGUGCAAUGUUAACCGAACACACAAGCGUAAAUUCUCAACAUCAACAAAUGGGGUCUGUGAGGAGGAAGUACUUGAUAAAAUUGGAGCCUGGGAGUUUGUAGAGCCCACACAGAGAUCUGGGUGCAAUUGUUCAAGGCAUAAAAACAUGAAGCAAAGAUCCACAGGACCUCCAGGUCAGCCACAGCCAAGUGGUCAGUCACUGCAGCAGCCUGUAAAGCACAAAACUAGUGAAAAGCCAGAAAAAGGGGAAAAACAGCAGAAAAGGCCUCUUACCCCCUUUCACCAUCGCACUUCUGUCUGUGAUGAUGUUUCCAUGGAUCCUGAUGCCAACAGUCAACGCUUAAACAUCCGAACGCAGGAUGGUCGUUCAAGAUUUUCAAAUGUGCGGCCUGCUGAUGUAGUCAACAUGACUAAGGCCCCGCAGCUCCAUGGCAAUACAGAAAUUGUAAACUCACCUCCUCCGCCACCACUGAGCCCCCACCCUUGUGAUCGUAGUGAAGAAGGGGGUGAUGCAAAUAAAAACCCUGCUACUCCUCCCAGUCAACACUUUUACCAAGCAAGUACUGAGGUGUCUCAGAAAGGUGUUCUUGAUCAGAAUGUGGAUUCUGUUAGCCAACCUUUCCCUCCAGCUUUCUCAGAGAUUCUGGAACCUACCACCUACAUGGGGUCUGCUGUCGUUCCUGAUGAUGACAAUGUGGACUCACCUUGGAAGUUUUUUGUGCUUCCUCGCAAAAAAGAUCCAGAUUUUCCAACACCACAGCUUCCCACUGAUAAGCUGAGGGAUGAUCCUAUAACAUCUUGUGGACAGGAUUGUACAUCUGUAACCGAGUUGAUGGCUUUUUCUAAUAAGCCUCUGAAAGUGUCUGAAGAGUUAACUCAGAAGUAUAUCCAGAGGCAAAACCAGUAUCUUUCUUCUGGCCACGAGCCAGAAGUUGACCCCUAUGCAUUUGUUGAUGGUGAUGUAGAAUUUAUUUUUUCCGAUAAGAGAGAAAAGCAAGGAGGUGAAAGAGAAGUGGGAAAAAAGCACAAGGCUGAAGAUGGUUCUACGGGAAACUCCAUGGCUGCUGAUGGAGAGGAUGCCAUGUCGCUUUUCAAUCCAUCAUCAAAGACAGAUGGCCAGAGUGCAGCAGCUCACAGCCGUAUGUCUUCAACUAGCCUGAUUCAUGAAACUGAUUUGGCAGUUUCCAUCAAUGACUUGGACAAUCUGUUUAAUUCUGACGAAGAUGACCUGGCACCUGGUUCCAGAAGAGUUGUAAAUGGUGUGGAAGAUAAAUUCAACAUAAAAGAAUCUAAACCAGCAACACUGGAUCCCAUCCCUUGUAUAAGUUCUGCUGACCUUCAUCAAAUGUUUCCAACUCCUCCAUCACUCGAACAGCACAUCAUGGGCUACUCACCAAUGAACAUGAACAACAAGGAUUAUGGCAGUAUGGAUAGUGCAUCUGGAAUAACGGUCCUAGAUGGCAAUUCAACAUUAGGUGGCCAGUUUAAAAUUGAGAUUGAAGAAGGAUUUUGUAGUCCAAAACCAUCAGAGAUUAAGGAUUUCUCUUUUGUGUAUAAACCUGAGACCUGUCAAGCCCUGGUGGGCUGCUCUAUGUUUGCACCCCUGAAAACUCUACCUAGUCAGUGCCUGCCUCCAAUCAAACUGCCAGAGGAGUGCAUCUACAGACCAAGCUGGACAGUUAGCAAACUGGAGCUUAUCAACCCUGUCCCAGCAAUGACAUUUUUGAAAGAUGGAAAUAUUCCCAGUGUUGGAAGUGCAAUGGAUCAAGACUAUGUUCAAACGUACACACCUCAGACACAUACUCCAUUUAUGUCGAACAGUGCACCUCCAAGCAAUAGUGGUGCUGGAAUAUUGCCCUCCCCUGCCACUCCAAGGUUUUCUGCCCCUACGCCACGGACACCCAGGACUCCUCGCACUCCAAGAGGUUGCGGGGGACCUUCAAGUGUGCAGGGUUCCCUCAAGUAUGAGAAUUCAGACUUGUACUCUCCAGCCUCUACUCCCUCAACUUGCCGACCUCUGAACUCUGUUGAACCUGCCACAGUGCCCUCCAUCCCUGAAGCUCACAGCCUUUAUGUCACGCUCAUCCUGUCAGAGUCAGUUAUGAACCUCUUCAAGGAUUGUAAUUUUGACAGUUGUUGCAUCUGUGUCUGCAACAUGAAUAUUAAAGAUGCCGAUGUUGGGGUGUACAUCCCUGACCCCAACUGUGAGGCUCAGUCUCCAGGCAUGUGUGGUUUCAAUGCAUUCAUGAAUCGCCGUUUUGGAAAUAACUCCGGCCUUUUCCUAGAAGAUGAGCUAGAUAUUGUGGGUCGCAGCUCUGAUAUCAGCCGGGAUACAGAAAAAAGAUUCGAAGCACUCAGGAAUGCCUCUCUGGAGCGGAGCGCAUUUAAAGACAAGGUCCCAGAUGAGUUGAUUCUGCUUAUUCAGGACCAGUGCACUAAUCCAUUUUUUCCAGUUGCUGCAUUUGAAAUGGAAGUGUCGAUGCCUAAAAAUGGCAGUGUGACCAUUCCUUCUGUUCGUGUGGAGGAAAGGGACUAUUAUAAUGACUGCUACAUGGCUUUAGAGCAUGGUCGACAGUUCAUGGAUAACAUGUCUGGAGGCAAAGUGGAUGAGACACUGGUGAAGAACACUUGUCUGCACCACUGGUCCAAGAGAAAUGCUGUGGAUGUCAGCAUGAUUUGCUCCCAGGAUAUUCUGAGGGUACUGCUGUCUCUUCAGCCAAUACUACAGGAUACAAUUCAGAAAAAACGAACAGUGCGAUCAUGGGGCUUCCAGGGUCCUUUAACAUGGCAGCAGUUUCAUAAAAUGGCUGGAAGAGGGACUUAUGGGACUGAUGAGUCACCAGAGCCUCUUCCGAUUCCUACAUUUCUGAUGGGCUACGAGUAUGACUUUGUUGUUCUAUCUCCAUUUGGUCUACCCUAUUGGGAGAAACUGCUACUAGAUCCUUAUGGCUCUCAAAGGGAUAUAGCUUAUCUAGUGGUGUGUCCUGAAAACGAAGCCUUACUAAAUGGAGCGAAGAGUUUCUUCCGGGAUCUGACAGCAGUUUAUGAGUCCUGCCGUCUCGGUCAACAUCGCCCGAUAGCCAAAGUACACAGUGACGGGAUUGUCAGAGUGGGAAGCACAGCAGCCAAAAAGUUUACUGACCAUCCUGUCAGUGAAUGGUUUCUGAAAGGGGCCAGCAACAGUGAUACCUUUGCCAAGCUGAAACUCUAUGCUCAAGUGUGCCGACAUGACUUGGGUCCUUAUCUUGCUUCACUUUCACUUGAUAGUUCUUUGCUCACUCAGCAGAUCCCAUCUGCUUCUAGCAACCAGGCCUCAUCUACUCAGACACAAACGGGUGGAAGCAGUAGCACAACAAAUAAUCUGAUGUCUUGUGGCUCUAGCAUUUCCAACACCACUAUGACCAGCACAGCCACACCUAUAUCAGCAUCAGGAAUGAGUGGAGGGAUGCAGUCUGCCAAAGCUGGCUCAUUUCCACCUUUUGGGGGAAUGUCUGUGCAGGGGACCCAGUCACAGAAUGGACAGCCUUCAAGUAGCCAAAACAGCAACAACAGCCUGAGUGUGGAUAAUGCAUCUGGAUCUUUACCGCCGCAGCAGCUUUCUACAGAGCUUCCUGAGAGCACUAUGGAGCGAGACAGGGUUGGAGUCCCUACAGAUGGAGAUUCCCAUGCAAUAACAUAUCCUCCUGCUAUUGUUGUGUACAUUGUGGAUCCUUUCUCAUAUGAUGAAUCUGAAGGAAACACGCACUCUGUGUGGACUCUAGGUCUUCUUCGUUGUUACUUGGAAAUGAUCCAGUUCUUACCAUCUCAUGUGAAGAGUGCAGUUUCUGUGCAGAUUAUUCCAUGUCAGUACCUUCUACAGCCAGUGAAGAGUGAUGACCGGAACAUCUAUGCUCAACACUUGAAGUCUCUGGCAUUUGCUGUUUUCACUCAGUGCCGAAGGCCACUUCCUUCCUCUACUAAUGUGAAAACAUUAACUGGUUUUGGACCUGGCCUGGCCUUAGACUCUUCUCUGAAAAGUCCAGAAAGACCUGAAUGUGUAAAACUAUAUACACCACCAUUCAUCCUAGCCCCUGUCAAAGAUAAACAAACUGAUCUUGGAGAGACUUUUGGGGAAGUAGCUCAGAAGUACAAUGUGCUGUUUGUGGGAUACUGUCUGUCACACGAUCAAAGAUGGCUUCUUGCAACUUGCACUGACCUCUAUGGAGAAUUGCUGGAAACGUGCAUUAUCAACAUUGAUGUUCCUAACAGAGCUCGAAGGAAAAAGGGAUCAGCUCGAAGAAUGGGUCUACAGAAACUCUGGGAGUGGUGUGUUGGCCUUGUUCAGAUGACUUCACUACCAUGGAGGGUUGUUAUUGGACGAUUAGGAAGAAUAGGUCAUGGAGAGCUGAGAGACUGGAGUAUUCUGCUCAGUCGCCGAAAUCUUCAGUCACUCAGCAAGAGGCUGAAGGACAUGUGCCGAAUGUGUGGAAUCUCUGCAGCUGAUUCCCCCAGUGUUCUAAGUGCUUGUCUUGUUGCCAUGGAAGCACAAGGGUCUUUCGUUAUUAUGCCAGAUUCUGUGUCGACUGGUUCAGUAUUUGGUCGUAGUACAACUCUGAACAUGCAGACGUCUCAGCUGAAUACUCCUCAAGACACUUCCUGUACACACAUCCUGGUAUUCCCUACAUCAUCCUUGGUUCGGCCUUAUACCCCAGAGAAUAUAGACCUGGCAUUUAAUACCAACAAUGAUGGAUCAGAUGGAAUGGGUAUUUUUGAAUUGCUUGACACGGGUGAUGACCUUGUUGACCCAGACAUUAUAAGUAUCUUGCCUGCAUCCCCAACAACGUCACCUGUGCAUUCACCAGGCUCUCAUUACCCCCAUGGGGGUGAUGGAACUAAGGGGCCAGGUACUGAUAGACUUCUGUCAACAGAGUCCCAUGAUGAAGCUCCCAACAUUCUACAGCAGCCACUGGCUCUUGGCUAUUUUGUCUCAACAGCAAAAGCAGGUCCUCUGCCAGAUUGGUUUUGGUCAGCCUGUCCCCAAGCACAGAACCGAUGCCCCUUAUUCCUUAAGGCCUCUCUGCACCUCCAUGUGCCUUCAAUGCAAUCAGAAGAGCUACUUCACAGCAAACACUCCCAUCCUAUGGACUCAAGCAAGACUUCUGAUGUCCUCAGGUUUGUCUUGGAACAGUACAAUGCCCUGUCUUGGUUGACCUGUGACCCAGCUACCCAGGACAGAAGAUCCUGUCUACCCAUUCACUUUGUGGUGCUCAAUCAGAUGUACAACUUCAUCAUGAAUAUGCUGUAAAUCACAUUAGCCCCAGUUCAUCCACAGUUGAAAAAUAUUCAAAAGGGAUUUUGUUUUGUUUAUCUUCACUAUUAUUACCCCAAUGCCUAUUUAUUGUACUAUUUUUAUUGCCAUUCUUUUCACAAUGAUAACUACUUUGCUGGACUUUAUAAGAAUUUGGAAAAGUUAAUCUCCCAUUGCAAGUGAAGGAGGUGCAAUUUAUUUUCUACCACUGAAAUAGUCUUUACAUAUUUUCAUGUAAAAGAUUGUUUGUUUUUUUUUUUUGGUUUUUUUUUUGUGGUGGGAUGGAAAUUUAGCUGAGGAAAAAAUGUUCGUUGUGGGUUUUUCAUAUGUAGCCAUCUCCUACUCUAGUUCAUAAUGUCUGCAAUCAGAAAUGUUACAAGUAAAGGGACGCUCUGUCUGCAAAAGUUGGAUUAUCUUCUCCAUAAAUUUAUGUAAAAAAAAUCUUUUUGGAUGGUAGCUCCUUAGCACCAGUAUCCAAAUUAAAUGCCUGCAUCUAUCUAUUUAUUAAGUUUUUAAAUGUAUAAAUUGUCAUAUAUUUCUUAACCUCUUUUAUAUUAAAAAAAAUCCUAGAAGGUUUAUACCACCUUCUUGCUUUAAAGCAGUUGGUCUAAAAAUCUAUGUAAUCGUCUUAAUUAAAAACAAAACUACAAAAAAAAUUGCAGUAGAUUGCUUUUAGAAUAUUAUUUUUUGUAAGGGGAUGACAUAUUUGUAAUGUUAUGAUGUACAAAUAACUCUGGGCUGGGUGAUUACGGUUUAAUGGAUGCACCUCUGUGGGUGGGUGGGGGAUGGACCAUGGCUGAAGAGUAUUUGUAUAGCUAUGAACUUCACUGUGUUUAUUCUUGUGAGGGUGGGUGGGUACAGUUGUUCAAUAUACUAUUUUAUACCACAUGUUUAAAGACACAAGCAAAACAAUUAUGUAUACAGAUAGUUAUAUACAAGAAAUCUGGAGUUUUGCUAAACAGAGAUGUGGCUUUACUCUUAAAUUAUAAACCUGUAUGUUCAGUUUUUGCUACUGUGAUUAUGAUCGCCUGGAGAAUGGAGGGGAAACUAACUACACUCAAAAGCUUUUGGGGCUCAAGAUUGUGAGGAAAAACCCCAGUUACACUAUUUAUUUUUAUAAUGGGAGUUAAUAUAAAGCAAAAAGAUUGUCAUAAAAGCUGUUUAUUUUAAAUAGAUAUUUGUUUUUUAAAUAUCCCUAGUUGGCAAGUGGAUUACACUUUUCAAAAUGAACUGAUAAAUUUCCAUUUUUCAUAUUGUCCAGGCUGGGUCAAACACAGUUUGAUACAUUAUAACAGACAGAAAAAGGUUUGUGUACACAAAUGUGAGGUAUAAAAUUGUAAAACAAAUCCUGUGGUGCAAACUAGAUACCAGCAUGAGGAGAUGAUUCCUCCUGUUCUGGUUUAAUGGGAGAGCAUAGCCAUUGCUGUUAUUAUUUAUUUUGUUUUGUUUUUUUUUUUUCUAACUCCCUCUGCAGAACUUGAAAAUGUUCACAAUCCUCAUAAGACUAUUUCAAGUUGUAAAGAAUCUUGUCAAAGCAGGUUUAAAUGGCUAGGGGGUGUGCGGGCGGGCGUGUGUGUGUGUAUAUUUAUACAUAGACACACAGACAUGGAUAUAAGCAUUGCUGUCAGGUCAGACGUUGUCCACUUUUAUUUGUGUAAAUAUAUAUAUAUAAAUAAUAAAAUGAUGUCAACAGAUUUUAUUUGCUUCUACUGUACAAAAAGUCGUGCAAAGUUGCAACCAAAUUGUUUUGUAGCAGUUAAUGUUUCUCCAGAAUGCACAUUUUAAGAAAAUUCUUCCUUAGAAAGGAGUGUUGAAGUUAGGAUUUGAGCUUUUGAGACUGUUGGAGGGCAGUCCAGUAGCGUGCAGACUUUGAAUACGACCGCUUUCACUGCUGCUGUUUUUCCUUUUUUUUUUUUUUUUUUCUUUUUUUUUCUUACUUAUUGCAAAAAUCAUGUUCCAUAACCUUUAUUACAUUUGCCUUUCCUACACUUAGAAGCAAACCCUGGUGCCUCGAAUCAUGUUUUUUGGACAUCUUACAUCACCUGUUUGUUUUGUUACUUUAAGGAAAUUAGCCUGGUGCCUCUUUCAGAACAAAAACAGCCUGGUGACAAGCUUAGAGUGAUACCAGAAAAAAUGUCAUCAUUAUGCACCAGUCAGUCCCUUGAAAUGGACUCUUUAAAGCCAAGAGGCACAUCUUCUGCCAUUUGAGUUACUCGGAAGAAAGCUUGUGAUGCUACCAUUGCCUUUACUGAGGUAAUAGCACAUCUUUUUCUAUAAAGAGUGCCCACUGACUUCAUUACAUCAAACAAGGUAAUUUCCAAGUGUUGACUCUUUGAAAAGAAUCAAUGGUCCUAGUUUUUAAUAAUUUCUAAUACAUCAUUGGAGCACUCCAUGCUGCUUUGCCUGUAAAGCAGGCUCUAUUGCUCAUCCCAGUAAAGCACCAACUCCUUCAUUUAGAGCUAGUCAGACUGAAAUAGAACGCCUUAAUAAUUACAUCCCUGAACACCCCCAUUUCCCCACCUAUGCUAUGUAUUUCUAAAACAGGCCUUUAUACGUUUAGGGCCAUGCCUGUAUUUUAAUAAAAACAAUCAGGUGAGCAAACCAAAUGUUCAACUCUUGAAUACACACAGCUUUCAUUUUUGUUUGUCUCUUUAUAUACAUAUUUUAAUCACAGCAAAGGAACAAAGCACAUCUUGUGAAUAUUUCUGCAUUUUGUCUCCCUUACCAAAUGUGCUUAUUUCAAGACCAUGAAAUAAAAGGCUAUAUAGGUCCAAGUAAGCGGUCUGUAGAAAAAUCUGAACCGAUUUAUUUUUUAUUUAAAAGAGAGAGAGAGAGAACAGAAAACUACUAAUUUAUUUCAGGGCAAUUAAAUAAAUUAUUUUUAUAUUACUGUCAUGUAUUCCAUUGUUGAUUCAGAAAUAUUUAGAGGAAAAUAUGCAGAGUGUUUAAAAGUAUUAAGGAAUUAUUUAUCUGUGAUGUUGGAAAUGGGUAACACAAUUGGCAGUUUUAUGGCCAUCUUAAAGGUGCUCCAGCUUCAGCUUUGCAGUGAUCAGAAUUAGUGUGGAACUUUUAAUAUUCUAAUUUAAAAGGUGCAGAUUUCACCCCAAUUCUGAACAAGGCGGCGCUGAUCUAUCUUCCCUUGGAAGUACUUGGACCUCCUAGAGCCUUUGUUUUCAGGUUUUAUACUUUCUGCCAUAUAUGUGUAAUGUUGUGAAAAUGUGUCUUAAACUUGCUUUAAUUAGGAGUGAAUAAAAAAAAGGAAUAAAAAUCCAGCUUAAUUUUGAGGGUGAGGGUGGGGAAAGGACAUGCAAUUUUUUGUGUGGAAUAUUUUUUUUUUUUUUUUUUUUUUUUAAUCUGACCACAAUCAAAUUGUAGUCUAAGGGGUUUUAUGGAGAAACACUAAAGCUGCUCUCUGGCCUGGAAGCUGAGAAUUGUACAAAUUGUGGUUAGAAGAUAUUAAAGUUCAUACUUUUUAAACAGUUUCGGAUGAAAAAAAUAAAAUAAUUUAUUCAUAAAUA